AGCAGAAUGCCUCGCUGCAGCCUCUGCGCCCUCAUCUACGUGACGGUAUCCGCCACCAUCGUCCUCCCCGUCGCUCUCAUAGGCUACUCCCGCACCCUCAUCCCCGGCCACCCUCUCCAUCCCACCGCCACGCACCUCCUCAGCCACCCGUUGCUCGUGCAUCUGCUGCAGGCCGUCGACAACCGGCUGCCGUCGUGGUGGCGGGGUCUGCCGCAGCGCGCUUCAUGGCCCUUCUUUGACGCGAUGGUGCUGGGCGGCGUGGCUCUGGGGAUCUAUGUGGUGUGGAUGGCGAUUGGUGCAGGGGUGAGGGCGGUCCGGCCACAACGUAAGCAGAGCUCUGAGAUGAGAAGAGAGGGAGAGAACGUUUUGUUUUGUCGUCAUCAUCAUUGUGCGGUGGUGUGGUGUGGUGUGGUGUGCAAUAAUGUGGUGUGGUAUGCAGCGAAGACGUAUGUGCUGAACCGGGUGGUGGUGCCUGCUGGCAAGAAGUACUCGUGCAAGGACUACACCCACAAGGAGGUCAUGAAGCUGCUCGGCACACCAGGUCAGACCUGUCAGAGAGGCGGGCCGGGCAAGAGAAACACACACACGCUCAUCACACCGCAUGUGUGUGUGGAUGGGAUGGGUGCGUCAGAGUACCAGGAGCAUCUCAGGAAGCGGGGGACGGACCAGCGGGUGAGUGAGUGGGGGGAAGUGCCACCAUACACACACACACACUGUUGCUGUGCUGAUGAUGAUGUGCGUGUGUGUGUGUGUGUGCGUGUGUGUGGUGUCAGAACUUCAACUGGCAGGCGCGUGUCCACGACAUCGGUGGGGCCUAUGUGGAGAGGAUAUCCUAACUAACGCACAUCGAGGAGAUGGUAGAGAGAGAUAUGAUAGCCACACAGGCAGCCCAGACAGAGGGGGGCUGGGUAUGUGUGUACACGCGGC